AUGGCAACGGCUAAGUUACGCGGAACUCAUUUCAGCCUCAUCAUCCACGAUCUUAAUGAGGACACUUUACAUCAAGGCGGGAUUACGAUACAAACGAUGAACCUAUUUGACUUGGUCAAGAAUCACAGCUCGAACUCUGGCUUCCUGGACUACAUACUGGCGAAUCGGACUGAGAUUAUCAAGGUUGCUAAAGACUUCCUGACCCGAUUUCAAUCACUUCAUCCAUCCGUCUCAGGAGUCUGGAAGCAACAUCCUAUUGUGCUGGCGGGGGUCAGUAACCCAAGACAAUUCUAUGCCAUGACCGAAGUCCGGUCUCCAGGGUUCCUCAUCCAUUCACUCAAGAUCAACAAUGAAUGGCAGAGCCUUUCUGAGUACUACCAUAUCACUAUCAAGCGAGCAUCGAAUAUCUACACUGUCGCAAAUACUCACAGUACUCCAUGGAUAUUUCUUCACACUGAAGAUGGGGGACUGGAUUUCAUGGAGAAAGCGAGAAGACAAGCUCGCGACCUGGCGGUAAAAGACAAGCUAUACAGAGCGACAUCAGGGAUUUUCUUCACUCCAGUACCACCUUCUGGGUUGCCAACCGACAAGAGGUUUUGGUUCAAGCAGCCUGCUCAUGAAACACUCCUUCCCGAGGCGUACAACUGGGUACGCCAGGAAUCGGAUCGUCGGGCGCCGCUGCAAGAUCAAUUGAGGGAAGAAGCACAGGCUUUUGCAAUUGGAUUCUGCUCUGGGGAAAGACUUCAGAGGGCAUGGGACGCCGUUACUCCAAACGAUCGUCACGAAGAUAUUUUUAGGCGUGACACCAUUGCACCUUUCAUGGAUGAACUGCAUCGCCUUGAAUGGGAAGAACUUGGGGAUGAUAUAUGGACCGAGAUGGACUGGACUAAAGCCUUUCCUAGAAUUGAUCGAAUUGCAAAAGCAUGGGCUCUUGCUAAGAUUCAGGCCCAGCCAAGACAUGAAGGCUGCGACGAUCAGGUAUAUUCCAUGGACGAAUAUACUGCGCUGGAAGCAACACAAGAGUUGAGGCAGGCCAGUUCUGAUUAA